CCCCGCGCCGUCUCCGGCUGCUCGCCCUCUCUCCGUGUGACCGGUGCUUCCCUCUCCGCUGACUGGCUGCUGCCACACAGCCACAAUGUUAGCUCACUCCCGAUGCCUCUCCCGCAACUUUGGACGCUCGCUUUCUGCCCUCCGCCAGGGGAAUAAUGUGCUGGCACGUCGGGCAACAGCAGCGAUAUCUGCAGUUCCAUCUGUUACCUACAACAAUACCUUAAAGUCGGAUCCUCGAUCCAGCGUUUUCCAAAUUCACUACUUCAGGACUUCAGUAGCCUUCAGAGAUGAAGUCGUCACAGUUAAGACGCCUGCGUUUGCAGAGUCUGUCACAGAGGGAGACGUGAGGUGGGAAAAAGCCGUGGGAGACUCGGUCUUGGAGGACGAGGUUGUGUGCGAGAUUGAGACCGAUAAGACGUCGGUGCAGGUUCCCUCGCCACAUACCGGUGUGAUCGAGGAGCUUCUGGUUCCUGAUGGAGGGAAAGUUGAGGGGGGGACUCCACUCUUCAAGCUGCGCAAAGGAGCUGGCGCUCCCAAAGCAGCCGAAGCCCCAAAAGCUGAAGCUCCAGCCGCCGCCGCUCCCUCCGCACCACCUCCUCCGCCUCCCCCAUCAGCGGCGGGCCCCAUCCCCACCGCCAUGCCCCCUGUGCCACCUGUGCCAGCACAUGCUAUGGACGCCAAACCAGUGUCAGCCAUCAAGCCCACCGCCGCCCCUGCUGCCCCAGUGGUCCAUGCUGAUGGGGGUGCCAAGGCUGGCAGGACUGAGAGCAGGGUGAAGAUGAACCGCAUGAGACUGAGAAUCGCUCAGAGACUGAAGGAGGCUCAGAACACCUGCGCCAUGCUGACCACGUUCAACGAGGUCGACAUGAGCAACAUCUCGGAGUUGAGGAAGAGCUACAAAGACGCCUUCCUGAAGAAGCACAACAUCAAGCUGGGUUUCAUGUCUGCCUUCGUGAAGGCUGCGGCCUACGCUCUGAGCGACCAGCCUGCUGUCAACGCCGUCAUCGACGACACAACCAAAGAGAUCGUGUACAGGGACUACGUGGACAUCAGCGUUGCCGUGGCAACACCAAAAGGUCUGGUGGUCCCCGUCAUCCGAAACGUUGAGGGCAUGAACUUCGCCGACAUCGAGAAGACCAUCAACAUGCUGGGAGAGAAGGCCAGGAACAACGAGCUGGCCGUGGAGGACAUGGACGGAGGGACCUUCACCAUCAGCAACGGCGGCGUCUUCGGGUCCAUGUUCGGCACGCCCAUCAUCAACCCGCCGCAGUCGGCCAUCUUGGGCAUGCACGGCAUCUUUGACAGGCCGGUGGCGAUCAAUGGAAAGGUGGAGAUCCGUCCCAUGAUGUACGUUGCUCUAACGUACGACCAUCGCCUGAUCGACGGGAGAGAGGCCGUCACCUUCCUGCGUAAGAUCAAGUCAGUGGUGGAGGACCCCAGAGUGAUGCUGCUGGACAUGUGAACCCUCCCCCGACAACCGUGUCCUGACCCCUCGACACCACUACACAAGCAACCUGUGCUCACCCGAUGAACUCUACCACAACGCAGUCUGUGUUUUUCCUCGUCGGGUGGGGUCCAGGAGGGGCUGUCCUUCAUGUGCGUCAUAUGUAAUUUUCUACAUACAACCGAAAGCUUUUCAUCUUAUGGGAUGAUGAUCGAGAUAGUUAAAAUGCCUAGUGUCUCAAUAUUAUAAUUUUGGGGGUUUUGGGGGGGCAGAACAAGCACAUACUGGACCAGAAACACGGGGAGCUAUCAUGUCCAAAGUUAGGAACCCUCCUGAGGAUCAUGUCAUCUGUUUCAAGAAGCCAGGAAAGAUCUCUUUAUGCUGUUUAAAAAAAGAAUAUUUAAGAGUUUUAAACAA